AUGGCGGGGCGGCGGCGGGCGCUGCCGCGGCUGCUGCUGCGCUGCCUCCUGCUGGGGCUGCUGGGCGGCGGCGGCGGGGGCCAGCCCGGCGGCGGCGAGUACUGCCACGGCUGGGUGGACGGGCAGGGGGGCUACCACGAGGGCUUCCAGUGCCCCGAGGGCUUCGACACGGCGGCCGCCACCAUCUGCUGCGGCUCCUGCGCUCUGCGCUACUGCUGCGCCGCCGCCGAGGCUCGCCUGGAGCAGGGCGGCUGCACCAACGACCGGGAGCCCUCGGAGCCGGGAGUCACCGCCCAACCAAUCUACGUUCCAUUCCUCAUUGUUGGAUCAAUAUUUAUUGCCUUCAUUAUCGUGGGCUCGCUGGUAGCAGUUUACUGUUGCACAUGUUUAAGACCUAAACAACCCUCGCAGCCAAUACGUUUUUCUCUGCGGAGCUAUCAGACCGAGACUCUUCCCAUGAUCCUGGCCUCCACAAGCUUCAGGACGCCAUCCAGGCAGUCCAGCACCGCCACAAGCUCCAGCUCGACCGGCAGCUCGGGCCGCAGGUUCUCCUUCCCCCGGGCAGAGCCAGGCUGCCUUGUGGCGUCCUCACCUCCACCGUACACAUCUGGCUGCUUCCAGGCAGCCCACGCAGCCCACCUGACCCAGCCAUCAGGAUUUCUGGUGUCUCCGCCGUACUUUGGGUAUCCUCUCCAGCCAGAGCCUGCCCUGGCUGGGAAGAGCUGCUCUGAUUUUACUCAGAGCUGAAAGAAGCUGUGGAGAAGUAAUGCAGCCUUUGCAACCACAGGGACUGCUGCUGGUGGGUGUCACACUGAUGUGCUCUGUGGCUGCAGGAUUCAGAACUGUUCCUGUGGGUGAGUUGCCCUUGAAAAAUGAGGGGUCUCACUUGAGACUGCAUUUCCCAAACUUGGACCACACUUAAAAAGGAAUUGUAAAACACUCCAGAAUGUGUUCAGAGACAAGUAAAAGAACCAUGUUGGGACAAAGGUACUCAGUGUUACAAAUGGCAUUUUACCCUAAUGCAGUUAACUUAGUUAACAAACAGUGGCUGCAUGCCACUGAUAAUAAUCAGACUAAUUCUAUAAAGCAGCAAUAAGUCUGAGAAGUAAGAAGUAAGAGAGGAGUAAUACUUGCUAAAGAGGAUCCUUGAAAACAUCUGACUGCUUACCACUUCCAUGAGCAAUGAAAGUAAGAGGAAGAAUUUUAUUAGAUAUCAAAUUGUGGAGGUUUUUUAAAACUAUACAUAAUCUACCUGAAUUGACACUGCAUAUUUGUAUUAGUAAACUUUAACAAUGGUAGAGAAAACUAGUACUAAUUAGGCUAGUUGAAGAUCAGACAGUCCCACGCAAUCAAAUUAUCUGUGAGGAAAGCAGAAUGUAUUCAGCAGUAUCACCAAUAACUUCUCCACAUAAAUAGUGUUCUACUAAAGCAUUCUUCAGAAGGAAGUAUUUAUUGUCAGCUUUUUGCUCAGCAAGUGUAAGUUGGACAAACUGAUCAUGAAGUUCUGUUUGUAAAAUUAGCCAUGUAUAAAAUGUAAAGAUAAGUUUGUAAUUUAAAAUGUAUUUACACCAUUGACAUCACUAAUUAUUUAGUAGUAACAUGUAAAAAAAUUACCAAUAAACUGUGUGGUUGAAAUGUUUCUCAGCAGUAUGACUCUGUACA